GUCGAUUUAUUUUAAUUUGAAAAUGAAGGAAAGGCAGACAUAACUUUUGUUAUUAUGCGAUUGAAGUUAAUACAAAAGGGAAAAUUGUUAACCACAGAUGAGAGAACUUCUAAAUCGUGUGCAAAUAGAUUAUACUUUAUUCACUACAGAUGGUGAAAUGAAAAUUAUACUGGAGUAUGCCGAAGAUGGAAGAAAAUUUACUAUUAUUUAUAUAGGUUUUUUUCUUGUGUCAAUGCUUAUAUUUACGAUUCCACCAUUGAAAGCUAUUAUUAUAAGUAGCAUAAACGGUACGAUAGAACGACCAUUUAUUCAUCAUGUUGAAUAUUUUGUUGAUUCUCGAAGAUAUUAUUAUCCUAUUAUAUUGCACUCUUGUGUGACCAUCUUUAUCUGUGUUUACAUAAUCGUUACCGUCGACACAAUGUUUGUGUUAUUGGUACAACAUGCUUGUGCAUUAUUUAAAGCAUUAGGGUAUCGAUUAAGUCAUAUAACUGAAAAUGGCGACGAUACUAUGAUGAUAGAUUUGAAUCCUUCGAAAUUAAAUGAUAAAUCUUAUAGAAAUAUUUCUGAAUGCGUUCGUAGACAUCGAGAUGCAAUAGAGUUUGCCAAGCUUUUGGAAUCUUAUUAUUCGACGUCCCUUUUUCUCCAAGCAGGAUUCAACAUGAUUGAACUAAGUAUCACAGUCUUUCAGGCUACAACAAAUGUUAACGAAACCAAGGAGCUUUUUCAACAAGUGUCUGUUUGUUACUCGACAUUAACUCAUAUUUUGUUUCAAUGUGUAAAUGGUCAACGUGUUAUUAAUCAUAGUGAUCAAAUGCAGGAGCAUCUAAUAAAUAUGAAAUGGUAUCGUACAUCAUUACGAACAAGAAAAGUGAUCUAUCUAAUGCUAAUUAGAUCACGAGUAUAUUGUGUGCUAACUGCUGCAAAAAUGUUUAACAUGUCUAUGGAAACAUUCAGUACUAUUGUCCGCACAUCAAUGUCAUAUUUCACCGUUUUACGCUCGGCUUAUUUUAUGAAAGUACUUCUAAAUCGUAUGAAAACAGAUUAUGCUUUAUUCACUACAGAUGGUGAAAUGGAAAUUAUGGUGGAAUAUGCCGAGAAUGGGAGAAAAUUUACUAUUGUGUACAUAGGUAUUUUUUUUGUGUCAAUGCUACAAUUUAUGAUUCCACCACUGAAAUCAAUUAUUUUGAGUAGCAUGAAUGGAACGAAUGAACGACCAUUGAUACACCACGUUGAAUAUUUUGUAGAUCCUCAAAAAUACUAUUAUCUUAUUAUUUUUCAAUCUUAUGCGAUUAUUUUUAUCUGUGCUUUUACUAUCGCUACGAUGGAUACAAUGUUUGUGGUUUUUGUGCAACAUGCUUGUGGAUUAUUUACAACAUUAGGGUAUCAACUUCGUCGUAUAGUCGACGAUAAUGUUUUGUUGAUAAAUUUGUAUCCUUUGAAAUCAAAUGAUAAGUUUUAUAAAAAUAUUUCUGAAUGCGUUCGCAGACAUCAAGAAGCUAUACAGUUCGCUAUUCUAAAUGUCAACGAAACUAAACAAUUUUUUCAACAAAUAUGUGUUUGUUGCACGACGUUAUUUAUUAUUCUGUUUCAAUGUGUGAAUGGUCAACGACUAAUUGAUCACAGUGAUCGAAUGCACGAACAUCUAAUAAAUACAGAAUGGUACCAAACAUCAUUACGAGCAAGAAACGGAAUCUAUCUCAUGUUAAUUAGAUCGCGAAAACCUUGUAUGCUAACUGCUGCAAAAAUGUUCAAUGUAUCCAUGGAAACUUUUAGCUCUAUUGUUCGUACAUCGAUUUCAUAUUUCACUGUUUUGCGAUCUAUGCAAUGA